AUGGAUACCCCUAGCUUGACUCCGCUGGGGCAUCCUAGCCCUCUUGGAUACUCUGAUCAGGCGUGCAAGGAAUGUCGACGGAGGAAGUCAAAAUGUGACAAAGGGAUCCCCACAUGUAACAUGUGCCUGAGAUAUAGAAGGCAUUGCCUUUACGAAAAAUACUCGCGCACACCACUUACAAGGAAACAUCUCACUGAAGUCGAAGAAAGACUAGAACAAGCAGAAGCUCUAAUCCGGCAACUGAGAAGAGCUGCUCUCCCUCACCAGGCUCUUCCAAAAAAGAGUCCUAAUAACGUGGAUGGAAUUGUUGCUGUCGCUUCUGGCAGUCAUGGAGACCAAAUACACGAAGAUAAGCCACGCAUUCAACCUGAAGCAACUCACCCCGUCGUUGAAGAUUUGGCCCCUGAUGCUUCAUAUCUCACAAGUAUUGGAAAGCUAGGCCAAAACGAUGUGCUAGUAUCGCGCGAACAAACAGGAACACCAGAGCUCGCAGAAAACUCAGAAAAGUCUCACGAAGAUGACUUUGAGAGUCCGCCAUCAACAGGUGAAUUUGGAUGGGAUGAGCAUAGGGCUGCUCAUCCACCAUCACCAGGAGAGCUACCAACGAGCGAUUUCAACGAAACACGACAGAUUUUGGACGGCAUGGCCUCUUUGACCGUUUCUGAACAACAAAGUGGUUAUCUUGGAAUCGCGUCGGGCGCCGCUUUCUUACGCCUUUUAGAGCCCGCCCAAGCUAAGAAUACAUAUGGCCAUGCGCAAGCUGGAGCGGACAGCCACUUUUCACUGAUAACGCUACCUAACAUGAACAAACACAUCGCCGACAGCAUGAUUGACGCCUAUUUCAGGAUAUAUCAUGUCAGCUAUCCUAUCGUCCAUGAACCGACCUUCCGAGCUCAGUACUCUGAAGUUAUUCCGAGACCUAGCGGAGGAUCCUGGUUUAUUCUGGCUUAUACCAUGGCAGCUCUUGGAGUGUAUACCACGGCUACUACAGUGAACAGUCUGGAUGUUGAUAUCUUCAAUCAUAUCAAGGGUUUGCUGUCUUUUGACUUACUGGAAGUCGGCAGCUUGGCAUUGGUCCAAGCUCUGACUUUAAUCUCUAAUUAUCAACAAAAGAGAGACAAGCCCAAUUCAGCGUACAGUUACUCGGGAUUAGCGACUAGGAUGGCCAUGGCGCUGGGGUUGCAUAAAGACUUCCAAGGGUGGAAGAUAUCGCCUUUAAGCAUGGAAAUCCGACGCAGGGUGUGGUGGACACUGAGCAUAUUUGACAUUGGUGCAAACGUCACCUUUGGGCGGCCCCAAGUGUGCCCGCUUGACGGUGUCGAUAUAUCAUUACCAAUGAAUAUUCACGACAAGGAUUUAACCGCCAUGUCCAAAUCAUUUCCUUCCGAUCCGCACGAAAUCACUGGUUAUACAGCAGUUCGAACACAAGCAAAAUUUGCCAUUGCUACAAAUCCAAUCUACAUUCGGAUAAUUUCCAAGCCUUUACCCAGUGCAAAAGAACUGCUUCAGUUGGAGGCUCGUUGUCUUGAGCCAUGGGCAAAAAACACGCCAGAAUAUUUUUCAGAGGCGGCGUCCGUACCUGAAAAAUAUGCCUUUGCUCAUUUUGUUAUACAGUGGAGAUGGCGAAACUUUCGCAUGAUCAUGUAUCGACCUUUUGUCAUCAGACGCGCUCUGCUUGCGCGAAACGGCCGUAAAGACAACUUAAGCCCCGAGUCGCUCCAGGCUUACGAUCGAUGCUUGGAUGAUGCUAAGCAAACCAUAAUAUCUAUAAACGAUUUUUGGGCCUCGUGCGACCAUAUCCGCCUAUUUGCGUGGUAUGCAUUGUACUUCCUCUUUCAAGCUGCUUUAAUCCCAUGCAUAUGUCUUCGACACAACAUCAAUUCUUCACAGGCGCCUGACUGGCGGGAUCAAAUUGACGUUUCUCUCAAAGUUCUUGCAUCAUUGGUGGCGGUGAAUCCAAGCGCACGAAGAUGCUACCAAGUAAUUGUCAGCCUCUGCGGCACUCAUCUGGCCUCAGCGAUACCUCUUUUGGAAGAUAUCAAUGUGCAGGAUCCGAAUUGCGGAGAAGAUGCUAGCGGUGUAUAUGGCGGCACGUAUCACCAAGUAUCCGACUUUGACGGUGAUAGAUCGAUGGGUGCCGCAGAUACUUCAAAUGACCAAAUGGAUGCUGUAUUUUCAAUGAUGUGGCCAAAUGCACUGCUUGAUGGUAGCCAAGAGCAGGAUGAUUCUUGGAUGGAUUUUCUGAAUGGGAUCUAG